AGCAUUGACCGCUGUCGGGUCGUCUUAUUUUUUAAAACGUGCGAUUUAGUGGCUUUUCGUGUUUUAUUUUGUGAAAGUGAUUUAUUUCAUAUUUUCCAUAUAGUUAAAACCACGAACGGUUAAAAAGGCAGCCUUGAGGGCUCACUAAAAUUAAUUAAAAAAGAAAAAUGUCAAAACGAGCAUUUGAUAAUCCACCAUCAGAUGACUCCGACUUUGAUGAUGAUGAGGAUCCUGACAACUUGGAAGUACCAGGAGGUGGAAAAACUUUGGCUGCUGCAGCACGCUUUGGAGACAAGAAGCCAACACCACCAGUCAUCAUCAGGCCUACGACUAAUCCCCUUGCUGCUCCAUCUGGAUUGGCUUUUGGCCAGGCGUCAAAUGUGAAACCCAUAAGGAUACCUGCUAACUCCCUCACUAAACCCAUAAAUCUGGGACUUGGAAGAGGAGCUGCGGGGAUGCCCGGCACGUCCAACUUCAAUGCGGCCUCGUUGCUCGCACAGAUGGAAAUGGCGGGAAUGCAAGGCAUGAAUGCUUAUCUUCUACAAAACUUGAAUCAGAUAUUAACAUCUGGAAUGGGCGCUCCAUUGGCAAAUAUGUUGGGACUGGGAUCUCCUUGGUUAAAUAAGCCUGCAUGGCCAAUGGAUAAGGGACCUGGAGGAGACGAAGAAGAAGUUGACGAUGAAGAGAUGGGCGUUGCUGAGACUUACGCCGACUAUAUGCCAACUAAAUUGAAACUUGGCCGGAAGCAUCCGGAUCCAGUGGUCGAAACAGCGUCUCUAUCAUCCGUUGAGCCGGUAGACGUAACUUAUAAGCCGCAGCUUCCCGAUGAGACGAUCCGUGGCGGUCUGUUAUCCGCUUUGCAACUUGAAGCGGUUGUGUAUGCGUCGCAGGCACAGGAGCAUAUGCUUCCAGACGGCACGCGUGCUGGUUUUCUUAUCGGUGAUGGUGCUGGUGUUGGAAAGGGUCGUACAAUAGCCGGGAUCAUAUUUGAAAACUUCCUCCGUGGAAGGAAACGAGCCAUUUGGGUAUCUGUGUCUAACGACCUCAAGUACGAUGCAGAAAGGGACCUUAGAGAUAUUGGUGCUUCUUACAUUGAAGUGCACUCACUUAGUAAGUUCAAAUACGCUAAAAUAUCGUCCGCCAUAAACGGCAACGUGAAAAAGGGCGUAAUAUUUUGUACGUACUCGGCGCUUAUUGGAGAGACCCACGCAAACACCAAAUACCGUACUAGGCUAAAGCAGCUGUUGCAGUGGUGUGGGGAAGAUUUUGACGGACUUAUUGUGUUCGACGAAUGUCACAAGGCAAAGAAUCUCUGUCCCGUUGGGUCGGGUAAAGCGACAAAGACAGGUUUAACGGCGUUAGAGCUCCAGAAUAAAUUGCCCAAAGCCCGAGUGGUUUAUGCUUCAGCCACCGGUGCCUCAGAGCCGAGGAACAUGGCAUAUAUGGUCCGACUUGGCAUUUGGGGGGAGGGGACUCCAUUCCCUACCUUUAUGGACUUUAUCAAUGCUGUUGAGAAACGCGGGGUGGGAGCUAUGGAGAUAGUGGCUAUGGACAUGAAAAUGAGGGGAAUGUAUAUCGCAAGACAGCUGUCUUUUCACGGGGUGUCGUUUAAGAUUGAGGAGGUACCGCUUUGCGAGUCUUUCAAGGAUACAUAUGAUAAGGCUGUGGCGUUGUGGGUGGAAGCAAUGCAACGUUUUACGGAGGCAGCAGAGCUGAUCGACGCCGAAGCCCGGAUGAAGAAAACCAUGUGGGGACAGUUCUGGUCGGCGCAUCAGAGAUUCUUCAAGUACCUGUGUAUUGCUUCUAAGGUCAACCAUGCUGUGAUAACUGCCCGAGAAGCUGUCAAAUGCGGCAAAUGUGUGGUUAUCGGUCUACAGUCAACUGGUGAAGCGCGAACGUUGGAGCAACUCGAACGAGACGAUGGCGAACUUAGCGAUUUCGUGUCAACUGCCAAAGGAGUGUUCCAAACAUUGGUUGAGAAACAUUUCCCGGCGCCGGAUCGAGAGCGAAUCAACAGGUUGCUGGGUUUGGAGCCAAAGAAAGCUCCGCUUAUCACACUACCAGCGGUCACCAAUGGGAAGAAUGGUGUCGAUGAUGAUGCCAACACCUCCAAGAGAAAACUGACGUCACGACAACAAGCUAACAUGGCGGCCAAGCGUGCUCGUGGCGGCUCAUCCAGCGAUGAAUUCUUCCGUGGCUCAGAAGACGAACUGGAGCUGGAACCAGAUUCGGAUGAAGAGAGACGCGUGUCAGACUCGGAUUUGAGUGACACGAAUCCAUUCCAGUUUAGUGGUAGCGACAUUGACGAUGAACCCUGGGUAAAUCGCAAAAAGAAACAAACGAAAAAGAAAAAAGUAGCAGCGAAGAAGAAAAACACGACACAAGACAAGAUUGAAACGAUGUUUGAGAAGAAAAAUACAACGCCUACAGUCACGGUCAAAACGAAUAGUGGGCAGAGUCUUACUGGCACCCCCGUUGGCACCAACGGAUUAUAUCUAGGUCCUUCACGCAAAGUGGCGCCGCCACGUUCAGCAAUAGAGCGCGCUUGCAGUAUGAAAGAGGAAUUAUUAGCCAACAUCGAAAGGCUUGGACGACGACUACCUCCCAAUACGCUCGAUCAAUUAGUCGACGAAUUGGGCGGCACCGAUAAUGUUGCCGAGAUGACGGGUCGAAAAGGACGAGUGGUACAAACCGAGGAUGGCCAAAUAGUAUACGAGAGUCGGGCGGAGGCUGAUAUACCUCUAGAAACUUUAAAUCUUGCUGAGAAAAAACGGUUUAUGGACGGAGAAAAGGAUGUGGCCAUUAUUUCUGAAGCUGCUUCUAGCGGUAUCUCGUUGCAGAGCGAUAGGAGGGCGAGAAAUCAAAGGAGAAGAGUACAUAUAACGCUAGAAUUACCAUGGUCAGCGGACAGAGCGAUACAACAGUUUGGUCGAACACAUCGAUCGAACCAAGUGAAUGCGCCAGAGUAUAUAUUUCUGAUAUCCGAUUUGGCCGGUGAGCGCCGAUUCGCAUCAACUGUUGCUAAGCGACUGGAGUCACUCGGUGCGUUGACGCAUGGCGAUCGACGAGCCACGGAAACUAGAGAUCUGAGCCAAUUUAACAUCGACAAUAAAUAUGGUCGAACGGCCCUAGAAGCAGUGAUGAAGGCCAUAAUGAAGUACGAAACUCCACUGGUGGCGCCGCCUACCGACUACCGCGGGGACUUCUUUCAGGAUCUCGCCUCAGCGCUCGUCGGGGUCGGCCUCAUUGUUAACAGUGAACACCAGCCUGGGAUGCUGGCCUUGGAUAAGGACUACAACAACAUGUCGAAGUUCCUCAAUAGGAUACUGGGAAUGCCGGUCGAAUUGCAGAAUCGACUCUUCAAGUACUUUACGGACACACUCGCCGCUGUCAUGGAGCAAGCAAAACGCAGCGGUCGUUUCGACAUGGGUAUUUUGGAUCUCGGAAGUGCGAGCGAGUGCGUACGUCGCGUACGUUGCGUUACGUUCCUUAGGAGGCACGCCACCGGUACUGCGCCCGUUGAGCUACAUACUGUUCUGUGCGAGCGUGGUAUGGACUGGUUCGAUGCGAUGGAAAAGCACGAAGAAUGUAUGGGAGCAGAGGGAUUCUAUCUAUCGCUCCAGGCAAGAAAUGGAAAAUACACAGCUGUAUUAUGCAUUGCUGCUAACUCUAGCAGAGAUAGAAACCUCCCAGAGAAAGACAAAACUUACCAGCUUUACAGGCCAAACACAGGUCUACAAAUAAGAGUGGAGACUUUAGGUGAAAUACAAAAGAAGUACAAAAAAGUGAGUGCUGAAGAAGCCGAAGCUGCGUGGAAGGCACAACAUAGUGCAUCGCUAAGGGUUUGCUCGCACGCUUAUUGGAAGGCCGUCUGCAGAAACGCGGCCGACUGCGAGGUGGGUCUGCGCGUGCGCACAUACCACGUACUAGCAGGAUCGGUGCUGGCCGUGUGGGCAAGGGUCGAGGCGGCGCUGGCCGCACGCAGCCACCACCACAAGAUGCAGGUCGUCAGACUUAAGACUGACGACGGUCUCAAGAUUGUUGGUACAUUAAUCCCAAAGAACUGUGUGGAGCACUUGAAGGAGACACUCACUUCAGACGCAGUCUCUGUCAAAGAGCAUAAGUUCGACACGGCAGAUAUGAAGUGAGCACACUUAUAGGUAAUAGACCCAUACAGUUCCUUUUCUACGGUUCGGGACCACGCGGUUUCUGCCACAAACUACAAUAUGAGAGUUGUCUGUGGUGAUUGGUCAGGCGUAAGCUUCGUCUAAUAUUAGAUGUAGAUUAUAUGCUCGCCAGUGAACUGAUAUAACUAUGGUAAUUAAUGGUCGAGCGUAGACUAUCUGUGGUUUCAAAUAGUAUACAUUUUUACAAGGUUUUUUUUGGCAAUUGAAUUCUAAUAUGAAAAAAUGAAUCUUAUUUUUUCAAAUACGUACCAAAAAACUAGUAUGACUUUGCAAUUAGAUUUAGAUCUAUGAAUGUAUAUGCAUAGAUAAACAUCUAUAAAAUGUUUAAUUUCACAUAAAUGUGAAAUUAUGCAAUCAUCUAUAGAGCUUUUAGAGAAAUAAGUAGGCUGAUUUAUUAUGUAAUUGUUUAGAUUUAUUUUGUGUAUUGGACCUUUAUUGGACGCCUAUGCUCGACCAAAUACACUCAUGAAUUAAACAAUAUUAGUGAGUAGACGUAUACUUUUUGUAAAAUACUAGGGUUCAUAUGAACAUCUAUGUAACACAGCUAAGAAGGCUGAAACUGAUUUUUAUUGUUUCUUUGUUAUUUUAAAAUUUUCCACCUUGACUUUUGCUAUAUGGCAUAUGUACUACGUCUUGUGUAAUAAAACUUGACGUAAUAGUCAUAUAACGUAAUAGUAAAUAUGCGUCAAAUUAAUACAAAAACUUUAUCUGACCGCAUUAUCUUAGAACGCGGCCACACGAUGCGGUAACGGUGCGGUGCGGCACUGCACCGCAAUUAGCUAUAGGGUGCCACACCGCAAAGCCCGUGUGUAUAUAAAUAUAUUUUACCCCUCCCCGCCUCGUCUCGCAGGACUCAAGUCCGGUGCGACGCGCCUCGUGUGGCGUAAUUUGUAUGUAGGAUUACGUUGCGGCACCGCUCGGCCGCCGUAACGCACCGUUACCGCAUCGUGUGGCCGCGCUUUUAAAUACCUAUUAUUUGCAAUAUGAGGCAAGCACAUUUCUGCUUUUGAUUAAUUGAUGCAUACAUUUUUAUCUACCGACCAGAAAAGUGAUUCCGCCGAGAACCAGUGAAUAAAUUACUUUGCUAAAUAACCCAGGAUAUCUUUAAUAAAUAUGCUAACUACAAAUGUAGUCGUUGUUCAUUACAUUAAGAGCGACUAUUUGUUUGCCUUAUAUAAUGCUACACCGUUGAUUUAUGUAACGAAAAUGCGCACUCGAUUUUACGCUGCCACGUAAACAUACUAUUUCCCGGAUAUUUUACAAAUCACAUUAUGUUUUACAGUAUUUUAUUCAUACGUCCGCUAUUGAUAUCCAAUAUAUAUUUUUUUCUUUGUACAUCAAUUUUUUUCUGUAAAAGUUUAAAUAAUAUUAUUUGUAACCAUACACAUGAAAUUGGCAAUUGUUACAAACACAUAUAAAUGAUAUUUUAGUCAGAUUUAAAUUUCGUUGGCAAUUAAUAACUAUUUAACUUAAUUAGAUAAAAACUAUUUAAUUCAUAUGAUGCAAAAUGUUUUUAUUAUAUUUUAAGAUGACAUAAUUUUAAUGGAUUUAAAAGUGUAUGAAAGUAUAUGCAACUAAUUUUUUACCAACAAUUUUCAUACAAAAAACUUGCCAUAAUGUCAAACUCUUAUUUAUGGACUACAGUAGGUCACACUGAGACUUGAAAGUAUUCUUCAUUACUGCAUAUGUUAAUUACAGCUGAUUUAAUGAUGAUUUUGCAUCAGUAUCAUACUUUUCUAAAUGAUCUGGACCUAUCUGUAGAAUAUAAAUAGUACGAAUUUAGUAUUGAGAAUCAUCUCGAAUAUAACUUAAUUACCUGACUCAAACCAGCACAGCGGAUAUACCAUGGCAAUUGUUCAACAACAUCAGUUAAAUAAUUUAUGGCGACAAGAUAUUAUAGUUCAUAUUAUUAGUACAUCGGUAGUAUAUCAAGACAGUUCCUUGGGCAUGACAGAUUUGCUCAGUUAGAUUUACUGUAAAACCAAUUGCUAAUAUAUACUUCUGUAUACGUACAACAUAAAGAACUUGUAGGUCGCAAUUCUACAUAAGAUAUGUUCUUGCUGUUCAUAUGCCUAAGAUUACAAACGGUUAGUAAGACGUGAUGUUAACUGUGUGAUUUGUUAAUAACUACCUAUUUAUGUUCUAUAACUAAAUCUAGGUACAUAGGCUUUAUAGAGCUUUAUUUGUACAAAGUUUGAUUUAUUUAAAUAAAACAAUAGUUUAGGAUAUUAGUAUUGCAAAUUCCUUUUUAUUGAUUUAUAUUAAGAACAUGUAUGUGCAAUUGUUAUGUUUAUUGCUGUGUCCAAAUAUGGAUAGAAAAUUAAGCAAAUAGACUGUUACAUUAUUGUAUUCGCUAAACAUUAACUAUAAAGUGAUCUCUGGUUUUAUUGUAAAGCACUCACUUUGAAAUAUGUGUCAGUAACUUUCACAACUAUGUCGUGUUUGUCUACAUGUUGAUAAAGACAAAUAAAUGUAUAUAAUUAUA